AUGUUGCGAUCCUCGCUCCGGUCAACAAGGCUGCUCAGCGGCCAGCCCAUCGCGGCUGCUGCCGGGCGCCAAUGGGCCGCGACUGCGUCGCGACGAUCGGUUCUGCUUCAAAACGUGAGCUUGCCCUACCUCGCCGGCAUCCAGCGACUGAGACAUUACGCCGACCAGAAGAAUCCCGAUGUCCCCAAGCCCCCAAUCCUCCCGACCUCCGAGAUCAAGAGCUCCGAACGCGCCCCUCCGCCCGCCGAGGAGACCAUCGAGAAGAAGGUCGGCAUCGAUGAAGUUCCUCUGACGCCUCCUCCCGUGCCGAAGGAUAUCGCCGAAAAGGCUGCCGCUGUCGCGUCCGCCGCCUCCCAGGCCGCCGGUAGCGGCAAGAACGCGACUCCUCCGCCACCUCCGCCUCCCAAGAAGAAGGGCUUCAUCGCCCGUCUCCGCCGCUUCGUCGCCUCUCUGAUCCUUCUGGGUGUCAUUGGCUUCGCUGGCGGUGUUUGGUACUCGCGCAUCAACGACACCUUCCACGACAUCUUCACCGAGUUUGUGCCCUUUGGUGAGCAGGCCGUCCUGUACCUGGAGGAGCUCGAGUUCCAGAAGAAGUUUCCGAAUGCCCACCGUGCCGGCUCUGAGCGUCCUGUCGCGAGCUCCAGUGAGCAUGUGCGCAUCCCAGCUCAGAGCGGUGCAUCAUGGCGCGUCGCCGACAGCGGCGAGCCUGUCGGUCGCCAGUCAUCUUCUGCGUCUUCCUCGCCCAAGAAGGCGGCCGCCAAGCCUGAGGAGGCGCCCAAGAAGGAGUCUGCGCCUGUAGAGGCCAAGCCUGUUGAAUCCAAGCCUGUUGAGGCCAAGCCUGCUCCGGUUGCUAGCAAAGAAUCAAACAACUUCAAGGCCCCCGAGGUCAACGAGCCCUCGCGCUUCCCUCCUUUGGAGCCCAUUGAUCUGAUGAGCCUUCCCGACGCCAAGGAGCCCAUUAUCCAAGAUCUCGUCCGCAUGCUCAACGAUCUAAUCCUCGUCAUCAACGCAGACAAUGCCCAUGGCAAAUACUCCACCACUAUCGCCAAGGCCAAGCGUGAAGUUAGUGAGGUUGGCGACAAGCUCAAGACUCUGAAGACUGGCGUUGAGAAGAAGGCUGCUGGUGAGGUCAAGUCCACGAUUGCCGAGUUUGACAAGGCCGCCACGGAGCUGAUCAAGAGAGUCGAGAACACUAUGGCCCAGCAAGAGGCCUCAUGGCGCAAGGAGUUUGAGGAAGAGAUGGGCAAAGUCCGCGACACAUACGACCAGCGAUCCAAGCUUCUGCUCGAGCGUGAGCAGAAGUUGAACGAAGAGAAGCUUCAGACCAAGCUCCUAGAGCAGGCUGUCGCCUUGAAGAAGGAGUUCGUCAAGGAGGUCGAGAACCGUGUCGAAGCUGAGCGUGAUGGUCGCUUGAGCAAGCUGAACGAGCUUACGGCCGCUGUUUCUGACCUUGAGAAGCUGACUGUUGGCUGGAACAGCGUCCUCGACACCAACCUGAAGACGCAGCAGCUUCAUGUUGCCGUGGAAGCCGUUCGUGCUAGCCUUGAGGGUGCCACUCACCCCAGGCCCUUCAUCAAGGAGCUCGCUGCGAUCAAGGAGAUUGCCGCCAACGACGACGUCGUUGACGCAGCCAUCUCCUCUAUUAAUCCUGCUGCAUACCAGAAGGGUAUCUCUUCCCCUUCAUAUCUCAUUGACCGUUUCCGUCGGGUAGCUGGCGAAGUCCGCAAGGCCUCCCUACUGCCCGAUGACGCCGGUGUGGCGAGCCACGCUUCCAGCUGGGUUCUGAGCCAUCUCAUGUUCAAGAAGCAGGGUCUGGCAGAGGGUGACGAUGUCGAGAGCAUCCUGACCCGCACACAUACCUUCCUCGAGGAGGGCGAUUUGGAUGCUGCUGCGCGUGAAAUGAACGGCCUCGAGGGCUGGGCCAAGACUCUCAGCCGCGACUGGCUCGGGGAGGUUCGCAAGGUGCUGGAGGUGCAGCAAGCGCUCGAUGUCAUUGCGACAGAAGCCCGCCUGCAGAGCUUGCGCGUAGAGUAA